GAGCAGAGAGCAGAAAGCAGAGAGCGCGCAGGGCUGACAAACAGGAAGACAGCCCAGUCUCCACCAGCACUGAUUCGAGGAUGAGCUGACCGGAGCGGACAUGGACCUCCAGCAUCGCACUGCCCUCCACAUCUCCACCAGGAACCCCCAGGAUGACUACCACAUCCUUCACAGAGUGGGAGGGGGAACCUACGGAGAUGUCUACAAGGCCCGGAACAAGCAAACUCAAGAGUUCACAGCCCUCAAACGCAUCAAGCUGGAGCCAGAGGACGACUUCUCUGUCAUCCAACAAGAGAUCAUGAUUGUGAAGAGCUGCAAACACGCUAACAUCGUGGCCUACUACGGCAGCUACAUACAAGACAACGAGCUGUGGAUCUGUAUGGAGUUCUGUGGAGGAGGCUCGCUGCAGGACAUCUACCAUGUAACAGGAGCCUUAUUGGAGCCACAGAUCGCCUUCAUCUGUAGAGAGAUGCUCCAGGGCCUGGACUACCUGCAUGCUCAGAAGAAGAUGCACAGAGAUAUAAAGGGAGCCAACGUUCUGCUCAACGACAUGGGCCAGGUCAAACUAGCUGAUUUUGGGAUCUCGGCGCAGAUCACUGCCACUCUGGCCCGGCGCAUGUCCUUCAUCGGAACUCCAUACUGGAUGGCUCCAGAGGUGGCUGCAGUGGAGAUUAAAGGAGGAUACAAUGAGCUGUGUGACAUUUGGUCCCUGGGAAUCACUGCCAUUGAGCUCGCCGAGCUGCAGCCUCCUCUGUUUGACCUGCACCCACUUAGGGUCCUGUUCCUCAUGUCUAAGAGCGGAUACCAGCCUCCAAAACUCAAGGACAAAUCCAAAUGGUCUCCUAUGUUCUAUAACUUUGUGAAGGCCAUGUUGGUGAAGAAGCCCAGUAAGAGACCCAGUGCUUCCAAAAUGCUCACAAACCCAUUUGUGACACAGCGUGGUCUGAACCAAGAGCUGACCCUGGAGCUCUUGGAUGGUUAUCGGCAUCCCGAAAAACUGAAAACCUGCAUGGUAACUGAUGAUGACGAUAUAGAGGUGGUCCCUGGCUCUCUAAGGAGGAUCCAGUCUCUUUUCAAACACAAGCUAGCAGAGCGGACCAGCUCAGACACACACAUGGACUGCACCUCCACAAAGAGGCUCAUCAAACGUGGGUCUGGCCACCGUGCCACGGUGCAGCCUUUAGAGCUGAGCCAAUCUAACCAGACAUCUGCCAGGACCCAGAACUCGGACUCAGAGGACGACUAUGAUGACGUUGAUGUGCCAACCUUAGAACUGCCCAGAUCCCCACAGAACAGCCAAAGCCACACACCUCCACCUUCAGACAGCAGAUCUCUGCUCUUUGACACAGCAUACACCACUAGACCCCCCCUGCCUCCCAAGAGCAAACUGAGCAGCGGCUCUGAGGACAGCCUGACAGAAGAGCACUCCAGAUCUGCUUCCUUCUCCAGCAGGUCGCCCCCGGUCCCCUUGCCUCGCAACAUCAACCAUUCAGACCUGGUAGACCCUCGGCCUCCUGAACUGCCUCCCAAAGGACGUCGGCAUCAUCUUACAGCCAAGGAUGCUGCUGAGUGCGUUAGCCCUGUCAUUAAGAAACGUCCGAUACAUUUUAAGAAGGUCUUCCAUGGGUGUCCUCUGAAAAUUCACUGCUCCAGCACAUGGGAGCAUCCAGCCAACAAAGACCAGCACUUGAUCCUGGGGGCUGAGGAGGGAAUUUAUACACUCAACCUGAACAGCACUGAGGCCACCAUGGAACUGUUGUAUCCUGGAAAAUGUACUUGGGUCUACCACAUCAACAAUGUUCUCAUGUCGGUGUCAGGGAAGUCCUCACAGCUUCACUCACACUCACUCAAAGAGCUAUAUGAACAGGCACGUCGAGACCAGCGCAUACCCACUCACCGCCUGCUUCCCAGGAAACUUGCAGUGACCACUAAAAUCCCUGAUACCAAAGGAUGCCGGACAUGCUCUGCUGGGAGCCUGCAGAGCGGCGGUGUGUUCCUGUGCUGCGCUCUGGACACCAGUGUGGUGCUGCUGCAGUGGUACGAGCCCAUGCACAAGUUUAUGCUUGUCAAGACGUUCGACUUCCCCCUGCCCAGUCCGCUGAGGGUCUUUCAGAUGGUCAUGGUGCCUCUUCAGGAGUACCCACUGGUGUGCAUUGGGGUGUCCCAGGGGCCCAGCCCUCUUUUGCCAGUCUCUGUUCAAUACAUCAACCUCAACUCCAACACAUCCUGGUUCACCAACACAGGCCUGGAGAAGCCGUGUCCUGAUGUGGUGCAGGUGAAGCAGAUGGACAGCAGCACACUGCUCGUGCUCCUCAACAAGUCAGUUUAUAUUGUUGGCCUGGAGGGGGAGCUGAAGAGUCAGAGUGGCCUCUCUACAGAAGUAGAGUCAGUGGUGCAUUUGGGGGAGUCUCUGUUGGCAGUCUGGGACCACGGCUGGCAAAGGAGAGGACUGGACCGUGCUGAACUGCUCCAGGAGAUCACAGACUACAAGAAGACCUACUGCUUACUACCCUCUGACAGGAUGGUGUUGUUAGAGACUCGGACAGAGGAGCACCUGUCUAAUCUCUACCUCCUGGAGGACUCUGAGCGCUUUGUCCUGCUGCCCUGAGCAGACUGACCACACUGACCAGACUGAUACCUGGGUCUGCUCCAGUUACAGAAGUUCAGCCGUGAUCUGAGGGGCACAGACUGGGAAUCUGUGAUGUGAAGGCACUGGGUUGUGGAUGUGGCUACUUCACUGUCCAUCAUCACGGGGUCCAAUAAUUGACUUAAUCUCACUGAAGAACAAUCUAUGCAACUGCAGUGAUGAGUGCCUGAGGAACCCUUCAGGAGACUAGUAUUUCACACUAGAAGAUGUUGUUGUUGGUGGUAUUUCCAUCAUUAAUGUGAACUGCUUAUUUUGCUUAUUUUAGUGUUAUAAAUAUAACAUAAAUGUUUUUAUGGAGAUUGAAAAUAGGCCAAAUAAAACAUUAUG